GCCGGCGCGGCAAUGCGGCCCGCGGGGGCGGCCCCGGGGCCGUGAGUGCCCAGCCUUAGCCGGGCCGGGCCGGGCCGGAUCUCCGGCAGCAGCGCCUUCCCCGCCGGCAAGAGCCCUUGGGGCACUGCGGAGCCGCAGCUGAUGGCGGCGCGGCUGAAGCGGUGCGUGGUGCGGCGGCGGGACGGGCCGGAGCAGCACGGCGUGGCCGCGUCCUGCCUGCGAGAGCUGCGCGACAAAGCUUGUGGUGUUCUGGCUAUUGACAAGGCCCGGGAACCCAUCACCUUGGUACUGGCAGAAGAUGGGACCAUUGUGGAUGAUGAAGAUUACUUCUUGUGUUUGCCAUCUAACACCAAGUUUGUCGCACUGGCCAAGGAUGAGAAAUGGUCUGGUAAAAGCUUAGACAGUGGAACAUCCUGGCUCUCGGAGUCUGUGGAUGAAGUGGACAGUGCUACUGAGAAGUGGAAGCAACUGGCCAGGCAGCUGAAGGAUGACCUGUCCAAUAUUAUCCUGAUGUCUGAAGAAGACCUCCAGGUGCUCAUUGAUGUGCCACGCUCAGACCUGGCAGAAGAACUUGGCCAAAGUGAAACCAAAAUCCAAGUGCUGCAGGACACCCUGCAGCAGGUGCUGGACAGACGAGAAGAAGAGCGUCAGUCAAGGCAGCUCCUAGAACUCUACCUAGAGGCCUUGAAAACUGAAGACAGUAUCUUAAGCAAACUCACAGAACCUCAGGCUGCACCAAGGAAGGAGAUGGAUGUGGUUGACACAGGUACCAGCAGCACAGAUACGUCAGCCACAACAGCACUCAGCAACCAGGUCCUUGCUGCUCUGAAAGAGAAAACUGCUCCAGAACUCUGCUUGGACAGCCAGGAUCUAGAGCUGGUGUUGAAGGAAGACGCAGCAGCCCUGGCCUCGGCUCUGGGAUGGGACAAGCAGAAGGCUGGAGCUCUGCAGGGAGCCUGUGAGCAGGAGCUCUCCAAGCGCCUUCAACAAGUGCAGGCUCUGCACUCCCUUCGGAGCACGUCCAAGGGCAAGAAAACGCUUCCCUGGGGGGACUGGCCCAGCGCAAAACGCAAAAAGUGAGACUGCAGUGCUGCUUGCACUUUGGGUUUUGCUUUUGCAUUAGAAUCAAUACAAGCAAAGACAUAUCCUGGGAACCAUAGUUUGCUGGUCAUUCUGUGGUCUGGCUAUAGAACUACUAAAAUCUGGACAUUGUCCUGAGGCUUAAACUCCUCUGGUGAUUUGAAUUGCGUAAGCAAAGGGAUUUUGACUUUUUGCAGAAUGCUAGAACAAUGGUAUUGCUAAGCACAGUAUGUGAGUGUUCAGCUUUCAAUUCCUGGUUGGUGGCCAGCAGCUUCCAUCUGAUAAUGGUGGAUGCAGCUCCUGAAGCCCCAGGCAGUUUGCUUACUUUAUCUUCCACCGUUUUCAGUGUAAAAGGGAUGGAGGAUCUCUGGAAGACACUUUGAGGCACAGUUAGUGAGUGAUGAGGGCAGAGGGACUCCAGCCUGGGAUCUAGGAACUUGAACUCUCACGCUGAUUUUAUCAGUUAAAGUAAACUCAAAGUCCUUCAACUUCAGUGCUUUUUUCCUGUAAGGAACUCCAGCCUCUUGGAUGCUGUGUAAGAACUAUCAUAUAAAACACAGAAAAGGUGGAAAUAAUUGCUUUGUAAGGUUGUGUGACAGAAGAUUUGCAUUUGGCCUGCUGUCUUAGUCUCCUAAUCAUAAUGCUUUUGUAUUAGCUGGCUUAUUUUUAAAUUUGUUAAAGUAUUUUUUUUCUAAUAUCAAUAAAACCUUUUUAUCUUAC